AUGGCUAGUUAUCUCAAAGCGGCUGCUUCCUAUCUCGACCGUUCAAAUGUCUCAUCAUCUUAUACUGCUGUCCCGAACCCAUCUACCAUCCUCUCAACUUCCUCAACUUCAAUCUCGACUCUUCCAUCAGCUGGCCAACCUUCUUCCUCUUCAGCUGCCUCCAAUUAUGCACCUCCAGUUCGGAUUGGUCUCUGGGCUGUUCACAGAGCUACCCACAAUAGCACCAACAAGCUUGUCAGUGUUUGGACAUUUGAAAAGAAAUUAGAAUCUCAAAAUUCCAAUCAUAGCUAUUUGAGUGGGCGCGGCAGUAAUACUGGCGCGAGUAAAACACCAUUGGAGAAAGCCAUCGAUGUUUUGAAGAAAGAGGCAUCUUCACUUUCUCGUUUACGUCAUCCAUGUAUUUUAGAAGUUGUAGAGCCCUUGGAGGAGACUAGGACUACAAUGGUUUUUGCUACCGAGCCUGUCACAGCAUCUUUAAAGGACGCCAUAAACCACACAUCUAAUUCGAGAUCUAGCCCUUCGUUGCACCCUUAUCGCAAUUCAAAUUCACAUCAAUCUCAGUCAAUUAUUGAAUUAGAUGAAGUUGAAACUCAAAAGGGUCUUCUUCAAAUUGGAAAAGGACUUCAAUUUUUACACGAAUCAGCUGGUCUUGUUCAUUCGAACUUGACUCCAGAUGCCAUCAUAAUCAAUGCAAAAGGUGAUUGGAAGAUAUCAGGUUUUGGCUUGUCACAAUAUCUCAAACAACCUGAUGGUCAAGCCACUCGUUGGUCCUUUCCGGACUGUGAUCCUCGUCUCCCAGCGGCAGUACAAAAGAAUUUCGAUUAUAUUGCUGCUGAAUAUGCACUCGAUGAACAGUUAACAACUAGUAAUGAUAUGUAUAGUCUGGGUUGCAUUCUUCACUUUAUUCAUACCAAAAGUGGGCCUCCGUUUUAUAAUGAAGGUGACCUGGAUAGGAUGCGGCGGAAUGUAGAGAAUAUGGGUGUAUUGAGAGCUGCUUGGGCUCGGGUACCGGAUGAUGUACAAGAUGUUCUUUCGCAGCUUAUCACUCGUUAUCCCUCAACUCGACUCACGGCUUCGUCCUUUCUGACGUCCCGCUAUUUCAGCAGCAACGUACUCGUCUCUACCCUUGCUUUCCUGGAUCGUGAUACAUUUAAUUCAAAGCAAAAAGAAGAACAGAUUCAGUUCAUGAAAGGCCUCACCAGGAUACUACCUCAGUUCUCGGACAAGAUCAUACGCCGGAAGAUCCUACCCAGUCUCAUAGAAGAGACGAGAAAACAUAUUCUUUUACCUUUCCUAUUACCCAACAUAUUUUACAUUGGCCAGAAGAUGGACACCGAUGCGUUUAGAGAGGAACUCUUACCACAUUUAACUCCACUCUUCUCGAUCAAAGAUCCACCUCAGAGUAUUCUGACUCUUCUCGAUAAUCUAUCUAUCUUUCAAAGCAAAUCUACACCCCAAGUCUUUAGAGAACAAAUUAUGCCUUUGAUAUACUUUGCGCUGGAGUCUGAUGUGCCUGCUCUACAAGAAAAGUCACUCAGGGUGAUCCCUACACUGUGCGAGACGCUAGACAUGAUCUUUUCCAAAACCACCUUACUUUCCAUCAAAGUCAACACCUUGAUAUGUUUUCACUCCAUGGUCAAGAUCCUCGACAAAUUCACCCUAACGGAAAAGCUUGUGCCGUUAUUGGCCCGCAUCAAAACCAAAGAACCAGCCGUUAUGAUUGCCACCUUGGCAGUACAUGAGGAGAUGGGCAAGAAAGUGGAAUUGACUGCGAUUGCCACAUUAAUCUUACCUCAGUUAUGGGCCAUGUCAAUUGGACCACUCUUGAAUUUAGAUCAGUUCAAGCGCUUCAUGAAUUCGAUCGAUCAACUUUCUAAGCGAGUCAGAGAAGAGCAUGCCCAACAUCUUCUCGAAGCUAGACGGCUCCAGGAGAGCACUACUCAUAUCCAAAACCUUUCACAGCCUGGUGGCAACCACGGUGAGGUCGAUUUUGAGACUUUGGUCAAGGGAGCCGGCCAUACCAAAUCGGCGGUCACAGGCUCGAAUGGAACUAGACAAACGAAUUCAGACCAAAUCGAAUAUGAUGGUUUUGCCAGUCCAUCGGAUGCCAACAAUACCAGUCCAACCUUCAGUGCUUGGGGCUUCGAUGACCCUACCCCCAACUUACAAUCCAACCCACGAGCUAGUAUAGGCUCAUCAUCGGCCCGGAACCCGAAUACGACAUCUCAACAAAACACUUCAAAACCUUCCAUCAUCAGUCGAGGCAGUCUGACACAUCCAAUAUCUCGUGUCACGUCGUCUAACUCCUUAUCACCAGCUUCUAUUGCCCCUCCCAAUCCAAUGUCGAAUUCGAUGAUGAUGAAUCUAAUGAAACCUCCAACUCAUGCUGCCUCACAACUACCACCUCGCCCAUCAAGUGCUAAUACAAACCUCACAUCCACAUCUUACUCACUCUCAAAACCACUACAACCUUCACUGGGAACCAGUAUGGGGAAUGGAAUCAAUACAUUUGUUGGGCUACCACCACUUCAACCACAAAGUUCAUCACUUUCAGAAAUCGUUCAAACAUCAAAUCAUCAAGCUGUCCGAAUGAAUGGUGCUACAAUGGGAUCUUCUAUUAAUUGGAAUAUCAUUCCUCCUAGUAAACCUAUACAACCACCAAAUAAAACAAAUCGAGUUGAAUUAUCUGAUUUCGAUCCGUUUGCUUAA